AUGGACGCCUUGAGCCGAAGACUGGACGAAGUGGAGCGCCGCCUCGCCCUUUUCGAGAGUGCUCCUGAGGCCUCCAAGUUCCUGCCCCGCCUGGACCCAGCUGCAGACAAGGCCCCGCUGAAGGAGGUAGGCUUCUUGACUGAAGCGCGCGAUGCUGGCAGUGGGGACUGGCUGGUUGAACCGCGGAGCGUGAUGAAGUACCUGCGCCACCUACACGGCGAGGUUUCCGCGUUGCGCAGAGCUUUGCCCUUGGGCGAUCAGCUGCAAGACAUGUGGGAGGUCGUUUCCUCCAUGCAGUGCUCUGUGGACGUGAUGAAGAGCAAGACUGAGUCGAUGGAGCACCAGGUGAAAGACAUCACCGGGCACAUGGACUCCACGCGCUUAAGCUUGCUCGACAAGCAGAUGCGUAUGGAAAAUGCAAUGGGCUACUCCCUCGGUACUGAAAUCCCGGCGAUCCGUGCGGACCUGAAGGGUCUCCAGAUCGAUCUCCGGGCCAAGCAGGACUCGUGGCUGAAAGAGGCCGCAGGCAAACUGCAGGCCAUGCAAAGCAUGCCAGCCUGGUUUGCGAGGCUGGAGGGAGAUGUCCAAGACCGGUGCACUACUAUGGAAGCGGACCUGAAGCAGAAGCUCUCCAAAAUGGAGGGCCGCUGGAACGAGAAGUGUUCCUGCUUCACCGUGGAGGUGAGUCGCCUCGUUGACUCCAAGCUGGAUGGAAAGCUUGAUGUCUCGCUUUGGGACGAGCUGAAAGUGGACGUCGAGGCGGGCACGCAUCGAUGUCUCAAAGAUGUGAGCUUCUACAAGCAGUGA